AUGUUGUCUGCACCUGAGUAUAUCAUGGGAACCCAGGGCUUUGCUGGCGCCUGGACUGACAGCAAUGUUUCCGAGCUCGUCGUACGUCUUGACGAAGCUGAAAUCAAGCACUAUGAUACCGCUCAGCUUUAUCCGAUCACCAACCCGGGAGGCUCUGAACGACUUCUGAGGAGCAUCAAGCGACCGGACUUUGUGAUCGAUACCAAGAUUCUCUUUCGCCCCGAGGCGUUGUCGAAGCAAAAAAUUGACGAAUCAAUUCGCAGCAGUCUUGAGAACCUCGGACUGACCAAGGUCAACACACUCUACGCGCAUGCCCCCGACAAGCUUACUUCGAUCGCCGAUCAAGCUUUGAACUUUAACCAACUGCACAAAGCGGGGUACUUUGAUAAGUUGGGACUCUGCAACUACUCCCCCGCCCAACUGACCGAGUGGAUUGAGAUCGCGACCGAGAAAAACUACAUUCAACCUUCCGUCUACCAGGGCCAGUAUAACAUUUUCUGUCGCCAGUAUGAGAAAGAGCUCUUUCCUUUGCUUCGGAAGCACGGAAUUACAUUCAUCGCCAACUCCCCCUUGGCUGGUGGCUUCGCGACCGGUAAGCUCACCUUCGCCAAGGAUGCUGAGCAGCUGAAGGGGACUCGAUUUGAGCAAUCCGAUGGCAACAUGAUGGGAUACCUAUACCGAAUGUGGUACGAUAAGCCCGUAUUCAACGAUGCGGUGCAACAACUUGUAACUGCGGUGGAUGGGGAUCGUGAUGGCUUGGCGCAGGUAUCCAUGCGGUGGCUUCUGUUCCACUCUGGUCUCAAGAGCUCGGAUAAAGUGGCUAUCGGUCCAACCAAAGUAUCUCAGUUGGAGGAUUAUCUGACUGCCCGUCAAGUUGGUCCUUUGCCAAAGGAUUUAGCAGCCACGAUCGACCUUCUGUACGAGCCAAUGCGUGAAGAGGCUGCACCACUGGUGGAAGUUGGCUGGUGGUCGAUGUAG